AUGGAAGUCCUCAAAAGUAAUUUUCACGAGCUUUUGCCAACAAUUACAGAUGCUAUUCAAGGGGCCGAUUUUAUAGCUAUAGAUACUGAAUUGACAGGGCUUAGCGAGCAUAUUGAACGAAUUAAAAGCUUCGAUGAUCCACAAUCAAGAUAUUCAAAGUUUCUUAUUAUUCAAUUUGGCCUAUGCACCUUUACAUACGAUCAAGACGAAGAUACUUUCGUUGCUCGCCCAUUUAAUUUUUAUAUCUUUCCAGCCAAUGCUGAUAGAAGGGAUUACAAUGAUAUUUGCUUUAUGUGUAGCGGAUCAAGUUUACAUUUCUUAAUGAAAUGUGGGUUUGAUUUUAACAAAUUGAUUUCUCAAGGAAUGCCAUAUUUGAAUCAUACGGAAGAAGCGAAACUUUUACAAAGAAGGGCUGAUAUGGCACAAAGGCAAACAGACAAUCCACCGGAUGGCGAAACUAAAGUGUUUGUAGAUAAAGCUAUUGCUUCAAUCGAAGCGUGGUUAGACAGUCAUGAAAAGCAGUUAAAAUUAUCAACACCACAAAUUAGCCAGAAACGGCUGAUCUUUCAGGAAAUUAGGGCAAGUGGACUCAUAUCCGCAGAGAGUAAGCCUAAAUGCAUAGUGCUUGAAAAGUUGUCAGAUGAACAAAAGGAGAAAAAAUCCAGAGACGAGGCUGCUGAAGUUCUGGCUGCCAGUAUAAAUUUUCGAGUUAUUAUUGAGCUGUUGAUGCAAUCAAAAAAACCUCUGGUAGGUCAUAAUUGUUUUUUGGAUAUUUGUCAAAUUGUUCAUCAAUUUUGGCAGGAUCUGCCAGAGAAGUUGAAAGAUUGGAAAAAGCUCGUGCAUGGAUUGUUCGAUGUAAUUAUUGAUACGAAGCAUUUGGCAGCAACACACCGAAAAUUGCAGUCACUUCUACCAAAGAAUAGUGUUCAAGACAUUUUAGAAAUUGUUCAGGAAGAGCAAUUUGAGAAACUGGCUCCGAAAGUUGUUCUGGAUCCAAAUUUUACUCGAUACACGUUUAAUGAUAUAAAUAAAAAUCACGAGGCCGGUUAUGACGCGUAUAUCACCGGGUAUAACUUUGUUAGAAUGGCAGUAUAUAUUCUCCACGAAAAAGAAGAGAAGGUUGAUGUUUAUGCUAAUGUAUUGGGUGAUUGUUCGACGAAUGGACUAGAUAUGGAAAUUGUGCCAGAACAAUAUAUAAACUUGGAUGGCGACGAUGGAUAUCCUCCGACUAAAACAAAUGGAUUCUUGAUAUCAAAUAUUCCAGCAUCUUGCUCUAAAGCGACAAUGAACGCCCUUUUCGAAGAAUAUGGAAACAUAUUUUUCCAAUGGAUUGAUGAUACUCAUUGCUGGCUUACUGUUAAGGAUGAUAAGAAAAUAAAUAAAGUCCCACUUGGCAUUUUGGGUAAAUCAAAAAUGUUUUUAGAGUUUCUGGAAGGCGGUAAAAAAUAUGAUCUGGCACAAGAAAAAGGAAUUACGAAGGAAAUGGGAGAAAUUUUUAUCCAGUCAUGGGGUGAUUGGAUUCAAGCAAUAUUAGAAGCAGAAGAGGAUAAAGAUAUAAUUGAGCCUCCAAGUAUUGAUAGCACAUCAUUCGAUGAAAUAAAAGACGAAACAUAUGAUGAUCGUAUUGAAGAGAUAGAAUUUGAAUAUAAAGAACCUUUCCAAAUUCCUCGAGAUGAAUUAUCGACCUGGGGAUGUUUGAAUGAAUGGAAGGAAGAUGGUAAUGCAGACGAUACGUCAAGUGAAUGGGGUCAACCUCCUACAUAUUUCUCUGAGACAAUAAAUACCAGUAUUAAACGUACGCUAUCGACACAUCUAACAGAAGAUGAUAAUUGUAAUGAAAAUGAUAUAAAUGAUGCAUUUAAGAGAACAAAAAUCGGGUAG